UUCUCUCCCUCCACUACACGUUACCACCACGUACGUACGGCGGGCGGUGAGGGUGUGGACGACCCACAGCACUCAAACCCCAGGACACAACACAACGUUGCUAAUAACUUCUGCUCUCUCUAAACUGCAUCACGCCACAGCAGGCCGACACACCUGGCGUUGAGCGCCACUGAGCCUCCCUGAUCGCGUCCCUCAUUGUCCCAAAUGAGGAACUGAUGCUGGCCAGGACUCUGCUGAACCCCUCGGGUCGCCUCUCUCAUCGGUCCCAGUUUACUUCUGCAGCCCCUUAAGAGAAGAAGAAUACAACAGCUGAAAUGGAUGACAUCUUCACACAGUGCCGGGAAGGCAAUGCUGUAGCAGUACGCCUGUGGUUGGACAAUACAGAGAAUGACCUCAAUCAAGGAGAUGACCACGGCUUCAGCCCUCUCCACUGGGCCUGCAGGGAGGGCCGCUCCAGUGUGGUGGACAUGCUCAUCAUGAGAGGGGCUCGCAUUAACGUCAUGAACCGUGGCGAUGACACACCUCUGCACCUGGCUGCCAGCCAUGGACAUCGCGACAUUGUGGGAAAGCUGAUCCAGUGCAAAGCAGAUACAAAUGCAGCCAAUGAACACGGGAACACACCACUGCAUUAUGCCUGCUUCUGGGGCCAAGACCAAGUGGCUGAGGAUCUCGUGACUAAUGGGGCUCAGGUGAGCAUCUGCAACAAAUAUGGGGAAACUCCGCUUGACAAAGGCAAACCUCACCUGCGUGAACUGCUCAGAGACAAAGCAGAGAAAAUGGGACAGAACUUGACUAAAAUCCCCUUCAAAGACACAUUCUGGAAAGGCACCACCAGAACUCGACCCCGAAAUGGCACUUUGAACAAACUUGCAGGCAUUGACUACAAACAGCUCUCUCUUCUGGCUAAAAUAAAUGAGAACCAGUCUGGAGAGCUGUGGCAAGGGCGCUGGCAAGGAAAUGAAAUCGUUGUUAAGGUGCUAAAAGUUCGCGACUGGACCACAAGGAAAAGCAGAGACUUCAACGAGGAAUAUCCCAAACUCAGGAUAUUUUCACACCCGAAUGUCCUACCCAUGUUGGGAGCAUGUCAGUCUCCUCCCGCCCCUCACCCCAUCAUCAUCACACACUGGAUGCCUUAUGGCUCCCUCUACAACGUGCUGCAUGAAGGCACCAACUUUGUUGUGGACCAGACGCAGGCGGUGAAGUUUGCCCUGGACAUUGCUUGUGGAAUGGCCUUCUUACACACACUGGAACCGAUGAUCCCUCGCCACUAUCUCAACAGCAAGAGUGUCAUGAUAGAUGAAGAUAUGACAGCCAGGAUCAGCAUGGCAGACGUCAAGUUCUCCUUCCAGUGUCCUGGCAGGAUGUACUCGCCUGCAUGGGUAGCCCCUGAGGCCCUGCAGAAGAAGCCAGAAGAGAUCAACCGUCGGUCAGCAGACAUGUGGAGCUUCGCCAUCCUGCUGUGGGAGCUGGUGACCAGGGAAGUGCCGUAUGCUGAUCUGUCCAACAUGGAAAUCGGCAUGAAGGUCGCCUUGGAGGGUUUGAGGCCCACCAUCCCCCCCGGCAUUUCACCCCACAUUUGCAAGCUCAUGAAGAUAUGCAUGAACGAAGACCCAGCAAAGAGGCCUAAAUUCGACAUGAUAGUGCCAAUUCUGGAAAAGAUGCAGGACAAGUGAAAAUCCUCCUCUACCCUCCUCCUCUGCUGAACAGGAUAUCUUGCCCCGAAUGGUGGUGUGGUGCUUACCAGUAUUGCCUUAAACUCUCACUCUGCCGCUGCAUUCAACGCUCCUGUAGCUUCUGCUUCUGAGACAAAUCCAGCAGCAGUCACUUCUUUUAUAUUGUUAUGUUUCUCUUUUUUUUCAAUGUGAUAUCAAGUUUUUAUUUGUGUCUUUAUGCAUCACGGAUCCGCUGAUAUUGUCUCUGCAAGCUAUAAUCACAUGGACUGAGUACAAUCUUUGAGACUGAAUAACCUGUGGAGGUCAGCAUGACAGUCUGCUGCUUUGCUUCAGUGGAUUUAAGGCCUUAUUUUGUAUCUGGAGUGGGCUCACUGUCAAAAAGGAAUCAUGAUGAUGGCUCCUAAUUAAAGAAAUUACAUAAAGCUUGUCUUGUGGGGAAAAGGUAACAUUUUCUGGGCAAGCAUGGCCAGUGUCUGAAAACCAAGCAUUUAAUCAUGCAAGAAAACGUAUUUGAAUGAGCGUUUCCAAUGAGAGUACCUUGCAGUGUUGUACCAUUCGGCUUGGCUCAGUAGUGAUGUGUAGAACUUGACCUGUCUUGAGCAUCGGUCCCUGAUUGUUAUCCUGUUCAUCCUGCUGACAUUAACAUAAACUGGCCAUUGAAACUCUUCUUCGCUGCAGCAAUCAUUUCGGAGUUGAUCAUUGCAUUUGCCGAUUUUGUGUUGUUAAAUCUGACGAUGUAAUGUAACUAGAUUACUCAAAUGUAUUACUGUAAUCUAGUUUAUUUUCGCUUCUAAAACAUACCGUUAAUUAUGAUUUGAACUCUGUUAGCUGUACUGUUCAACAAAGUCUCUCUCUCAAGUGUUACUCCCAUGUUGAAUACUGUCAAACUACAUAAUCCAACAUGUAAUACCUUGUAGAGUUAGGAAUGAAUACUGCAGCCCAGACUGUAAUUUAUUCACAGAUAUCAAAUGUACAGUUAUAUUUGUUAUCUUGUCGAGCAUGGGGACUGCUUUUUCUCACACGUUCAUGGCUACAUCUGAAGCUGCUGCCAACAGAAGGGACUUAAGAGGGUUGGUAUUAAUAUCCAACAAACUGUCAUUGUUUCCUCACUUAUUUUUAUCUUUUUGAUAAAGAUAGUUUAUCCAGUUGACUUCUGACUUUAUGUCAAUCUCAUGGGUUGUUUCUUCUACCUGCAACGUUUCUGUGCCUCCACCAGCUUGCUUAUUUGUGCUGAAUCACAGGUUGAAGCCAAAAUCAAGAAUGACUUAUACAAAUGUAUGUAUUUAUAUAUAAGUAUAUUAAAAAGGACAAAUAUGG